AUGAAGAUCUUGUUUGUCUUUAGUAUCACCAUUGCAUGUGGUGUUUUUGGAAAUAUUAUUUCAAAUGCUAAUCCUCUACCGUACCAAGCCAUAUUUAACUUUGGCGACUCUACAAGUGACACCGGAAAUUCCGCAUUUGACCAUGCACAAAUGGAUAAAAAUAGUCCUUAUGGUUCAACGUACUUCAAACAUCCAUCAGGACGAUUGUGUAAUGGGAGACUCAUCAUAGAUUUCAUAGCUGAAGCAUACGGGUUACCAUUUUUACCGCCCUAUAGAAAUAUCACCCAAAGUCAAGAUGACAUAAAAAAGGGAGUUAAUUUUGCAUAUGCCGGUUCAACUGCACUUGAGUUCAAGUAUUUUGACCGUAGUGGAGUUAGACCACUAGCGACACAAAACUCAUUGAGUGUGCAGUUUGGUUGGUUUAAAAAGAUAAAACCAUCCUUAUGUAAAAGCAAAGAAGAGUGCGAUAGCUUCUUCAAACAAUCAUUGUUUCUAGUGGGAGAGAUUGGUGGGAAUGAUGUUUUUUCUCAUAUUUCUAAAAUUGUUACAGAACUUCGUGAAAUAGUUCCUUUAAUCGUCGAAUCCAUUACAAAUACAACUUCAGCAUUAAUUGAAGAAGGAAUGAUGAGUGGAAAACUGAAGAUCCUGAUGAAGAAAAUGUGCAAACUACAGUUAUUGUUGAGUGAUAUUAUUGUUAACAAUGUUAUGUAUGUUGAUGUUGUUGUUAUUAAUGUUAUGCAAUGGUGGGGCGACAAUGUUGAGUUAGGUGAAAGUGGAACUUGA